AUGAGUACACCCGCUAUUCCAAUUCAAGGCAGACCGCGUAGGAAUACAGUACAGCGGACGCCUGUUGAUCAUGAUAAAUCUAUUGAGGCUAUACGCACUUUCCUACAAUCAAAGGACUGUUUAUCAAUCUUACCCGUUUCAUCGAAAAUGAUUGUUUUCGAUACGCGGCUACAAGUUAUUAAGGCUUUGAAUGCUUUGGUUCAGAAUGGCGUAGUCUCCGCCCCGCUUUGGUCAUCCGUUGAAAGCAAGUUCGCUGGAAUGUUGACUAUUUCAGAUCUAGUACACUUGAUGCAAUACUACUAUGCUACUACCAGCUCUUACGAGGGCGCGGCUGACGAUGUCGAGCAGCUGACGUUAGGUAACCUCAGAGAUAUCGAAACCGCUAUAGAAGUUUUGCCUCCUCCUCUUCACUCCAUACAUCCGAUGCGUCCUCUACUCGAAGCGUGUCACAUUCUAAUGACAUCCCAUGCCCGGAGACUUCCCCUAAUUGAUCAUGACGAUAGAACGGAUGUUGAGGUCGUCCUCUCGGUGCUUACUCAGUACAGAGUGCUCAAAUUUAUAGCCAUGAAUUGCAAGGAAACACUUGGAUUACAGAAAACACUACUGGAGUUGAAUAUAGGCACAUACGCGUCUAAUAGUGAUACUUCACUUGAACCAUUAGCAGUAGCCACCAUGGAUACUACUGUCUUUGACGUCGUUCACCAGUUUUCCGCCAAGGGUAUCUCUGCAGUACCCAUCGUCGACGAGGAGGGUGCAGUGAUUAAUCUUUAUGAGACUGUGGAUGUUAUUACGCUAGUCAGGCUAGGCAGCUAUCAGUCACUCGAUUUAACAAUCUCAUCGGCGUUAGCGCAGAGAUCUGCCGAGUUCCCCGGUGUCAUCACUUGCUCACCAAAGGAGACACUGGCGAAUGUCUUUUCACUCAUCGCCAAGAGGAGGGUUCAUCGCUUGGUGAUGGUCGAAGAUGAGGAUAAGACGCUGCCUAAUGGGCAAAUCAGGAGGAAAGGCGCACUCGUAGGUAUCGUCGCGCUGAGCGAUAUACUGAAACAUGUAAUUGGAUUUAAAGACAUAUCGAUAAAUUAA